AUGCAUAACGACCCUACGUCUAAUUCUUCUGCAAUCAUCUCCGCCUCUCCACUUCACAGCUUCCUCUGUUUUCUCCACUCCACUCUCCCACCAUCCUACGCACUGGCCCCUGCAGAGGCAGCGACCCCGCUGAGCUUUGAGCAGCGGGUGGGCGUGCUGGUGGGGGCGGCACGCGGCUUUGACUUUGGCAUUCUCAUGCUUGAGCUCAUGACAGGCCGCAACGUCACCACCAAUUCGCUCGUCAUUCCCUCCGAGAAAGAAGCGGAUCAGCAACUGCACCUUUUAGAAUGGGUCCAGCAGCAGCUGGCUCAAUCUGGCAGCAACAACAGGAUGGGAGCAGGCCUUAAGGACCCACGCAUGGAGGCGAGGGAUGAGUUGGUGUUGAGGGUGGUGCAGCUGGCACUGCGAUGCACCGACAAGCAGAGCGCCACGCGGCCGGCCAUGGGGGUGAUUGCAGCCGAGCUGGAGGCCGUGCUGGUGGCGCUGGGCGGCGCACGCAGCAACUCUGCCGCCCGGCAGGUGGAUCUAGAGGUGGAGUCGCAGAGGGAGCCAGCCAGAGAUUUGGAUGCAGAUUUUGCUCUUCUUGAUUCAUUGCUGAAAGGGAACUGA